ACACCUGCACACUAACAGUCACGGCAGGCCACAGGAGACGCACGCUCGCUCAUUCGCUCGCUCAACUAAGCGGAUUCACUUGUUUGGUUUUUCCCGUCUAGAGGAACGUUUGUACAUCUUGUGUUCUGAUUUUACGAAUAAAGAGGACACCGAGUGCCGAGUGGGAAAAGUGUCGCCAUGUUCUUACGGUGACAAAAUAUCCACAUCGGAGUUCAAACAGCCUCAUCCAGUGAUGGCCUUCUUCCCGCAACUGAAGCUUCUUCUUUGGAAGAAUGGGCUGAAUAUCAUCAGGAAGCCGGUCUGGUCGCUGACGCUGAUCAUUUGGCCUGUGGUCAUCUUUAUCAUCAUCGCUGUCACCCGUAGCCACUUCCCCCCACUGCUCAGAGACACAUGCUAUGUGGAACCUCGAAAUCUGCCCAGCACCGGCUUCUUCCCAUUCUUGCAGACCCUCAUGUGCAACACGGACAGCAAUUGUCACAACGCGUCCCGUCUGGUGAAUCCGUCGACGUUUACAAAAAGAUCCACAACGGAUGCCAGGUCAACAGCCUCGUUAAGGAGUUCUUUAUUGGCGAAGAUGCUUGAAGGUGGUGACUUUUACAACUUCACCUUUUCAAACGACCCCAACAAGGACCCGGUCUUACUGACGGAGGCCUUGGAUAAAUUAUGGGCGUUGACUUACCAGCCAAACCAAAGGAAUACCUCUGUCAUCCACGCCAGGAAUACUACUCUUACAAGCAAUGAGGAGGCCUUGAACCAGACUAUGGAAUCAAUGAAACUGCUGAAGCAAGGCAUCUGCUCCAUAAUUAUGGCUGUGAUCAACAGAACAUCAACCAGCCCUUACAGCAAUGAGCUGGUCACAUUUUGCACCUCCGAUAAUCCUGUGUGUGAGGACCUUCUCCUGUCAAUCAACCAGAUUCUAAAAGAGGAGCUGUUGACCAAUCCGGACGAGCUGGCCAAGGUGGUUGGGACAGUGAUAUUUGUGUUCCAGGAGUUGCAGAACCAGAGCUCAUUGUGGGAGACCCUUCUAGCUUUUCCUCAGCUCUUCUCUGGAGGGUCACUUGACGAGAUGUUGGACAUCACUGAGGUCUUUCUCACCAAUGUACAAGAGUCUAUGAAAGUCAUCCAGACCAAUUUCCCAGAAACAGCCGAGAUGGUCUCUGCGGUGCAUCCAUUUAUAGCCGGAGCCAUCAACAUCAUCCACUAUGUUCAAAAGUGGCCUGGUAAAGAUGUGUACCUCUCUCUUGGAGAUGUUGUGAAGUUGCACAAUAAUUCAUUUGAUUAUCUGAUUGAACUGGUUUUACAAAAUGUCCAGUUACCACUUGUCCAGGCUAUGGCUUUGACUUUCGACAGAGACAUUGUGCAUUCCUACAUUUGUGAUGGCAGUAAUAACCCAUCGUGGCUCACAACUGCAUGUGUCACUGGUAUCGUGGAUAUGGUUCUGCACUAUGUCAGUCCCAACAAGUUGGCCCAGCAGGUGGUCCUGGCUUGGAGUAAGCAUGUUGCUCCCCAUGAUGUCACCUUUGCCAAAGGACUGCUUCACAGUCUAAUGGGAGAUGGACCUCCAGGGCCUGUUAAAGGCUUCAACGUCUCAAGAACCCGGCGUAACAUAGAAACACAAACGCAAAACAUUGAGGAGGAGCUGUUUUUGACGGUUGGUCAAGUGGUGCUGGAAAUCAGUGAAAUUGAUCCUGAUUUGGAAAUGAUUGUUCAGAGCAUCGUGAGCGUUGGUUUUCAGUCUAUGAGAAUAACAUCUCUCUCUCUGGAUAUUGUUGGAGAUGUGAUGCACAAUAUCCUGACUGACAUCAUUCAACUUCAAAAUAUUUAUCUCACUUUGCUUACAAACCAAACUAAGGCGAGCCUUUGGAUGGAUGGUGUCCGACACAGCGUACUGGAAGUGACCAUGAAGAGCCUGACAUCAGAGUCUUUAACAUGUGAGGAGGUCCUGGACCCAUUUCAGUGGCUCUUGUCCACUGAGACCAUCAAGUUUGAGAUGUGGAAAGCAAUUAUCUGUGAGGACACUGACACUCUGGAGGAUCUGCUGCUGAUGGACUGGAUGCCUUUGGUUGAGAAAGCAUAUGAGUUGUACAGUACCUUUACUGAAGUAGGAGAAUACCACAAUGUAACGCUUCCUAUGGUUCUCUAUGAGUGGCAUAAGUUACAUGCCAGCACAUUGGAAUUUGGAGCGUUCUUGGACAGGCUGUCCUCCGACUUGGAUGAAGGUUAUUGGUUGGACUGGAUACCAGGCAACAUGUCGACUGACAUUGUUGAGACUCUUCAACAAAGUGUUUUUGUCUUCAUGGUAAAUUUGGGAGAAAAAAUGGAGGCGAGUCCAUUGUGGCCUGAGCUGAAGAGCUACUUCCACAUGAUUUACUGGGUUUUUAACUACACUCCUGGUGUCACCACACAGCCAGCAAAUUGUUCCUUUGACAUUGAGACUCUAAACAUUGAUUGUGAUACUGGACUGGACUGGUACAAGUUUGUUCACGGUUUCAUGGGGCCUCUGAUGUUACCAAACCAAAAUACUCUGGUGAAGUAUCUCAAAGGCACCGUCAGUCUAUUACAGACUGUGUUUGGGGACCUCAUUAUGGAUUUGACAGGAUCAUAUUUAACACAAGAAAUUAAAGGUGGAGAUGCGCUGUCUGCAUACCUUAUAAACCUGAUGAAGAACCUGCACUACUUGGUAUCCAACAUCUCUGCACUCUCCAACCAAAACAUCUCCAACUCUGAUGUCAUGGUUCCUCUCAUUAGCAACCUAUUGGAGUCUACAGGUCUGAGUCCGCUGUUACCGUUUCUCUUCAGCAACAACGCGGUCAAAGUCUCUGACAUUAUUGAUGCUGCUGUGAAGCUUGGUAGAAGCAACCAGGAUAUUUUCAACUUCAAUGAGACGGACCCAACAAUGCCUGAACUGGAGAGGUUGAUCAUGAAGUUCCUGUCCUUGGAGAGUAACCUCACCAUGUCUCUUUCCUACAUCUUGGGGAACACUCUGCUUACCUAUAACAGCUACUUUGACCCAUAUGUAGUGGCCUAUAUCAGAGAAUCAUUGAAGCCUUUCACCAGCCAAACUUCAUCAGGCGUUGUGGAGACCAUCCUCACAGCCUUGGAGCUUCUCAAGGAAGCGGUUGAUUCACCAAAUGAUGACCCAGCUACUGUAAUCCUUUCAUAUAUCCGGCAACUUCAAGAAUUCGGGGUGUCCCUGUUUCAGUUGCGAAGAAUCCAAAAUACCGUGUCGCCUGAUGGACAAUUGAGUACAGCUCAAAUUACGGACCUCUCCCAGGUUUCCACUGACUUUCUCAACCUCCUCACACCUGAGAGUCUUCACAACCUCACACAGAUCGGGCCGGAUGCAGCUCAGGAGUUGGUGAUCCAAAAAUUUCUGGCAUUCCUACCACCGGAAUUCCAAGAGGAAGCUGCGUUAUUUUUUCAAGAUUUUAAAAGUCUGCAGUAUCACUUGUCCUUAUGUGCAGAACGUCAAAACUGUUCUGCUGGUAUCUCGGAAGUCUUCACAUUCCUGGAUCAAAUAUCCAACUUGAUGCUCUCAGCUAAUGGCAACGUCACAGUCAACAUGGCUUUAACCAACAAGUUUCUGGAGGGUGGUGAAUAUGAAGAUAUUGCAUUCGCUUUCUUCUCACUCUUCUUAUCUCCAAGGGACACUUCCUAUGUUGGCGUAUUCAAGCAGAUACUUAAUUUCAUCAGAGUGGUUAUAAAAACACCAAAUAUUACAGUGUCCCAUAUCCAAAAUGCCCUGAGGCAGUCAAAUGUUACCCUUGAGGAGCUAAACUACAUCACUCACCUUACAGGAUCCGCCAACAUAAACGAGCUGUUGAUAAAUAUAAUGGGUAUCGCCGACGUUCCCAAGUGUUUUGAAGUACAGCAUAAUACAUCAGUGACGGCCCAGUGUAUUAAGGGAUUGAUAGACAAGGUCAGCAACUUCCUAAAAACCAUACCUGCUCUCCAAGAUCACACAGACAUCAUCGGUCUCAUCCCAUUAAUUGUCAAUGAAACUACAACCGAUGUCAUUCAGGCUCAUUUUAGCUCAAAUGCACACAUGGAUGUAAUACAUGUUCUUAACAACACCUUAAACAAUAUCAAGAUCAACCUACAGUUGAACAAUCUGAACACCCCAGAGAUCAUGAAUGAAAUCAGAGUGAUAGAAGGUCUUUUGAAGGUCGUUGCCAAUCCCGAACCCGUGAAUCACAUCUUGAACGCCAUGUCAGUGCCAUACUCUGAGGAAGUUACAAGAAUCUAUUUGCAAGUCAUGCAGUGGUAUUUGCAACGCCUGGAAAACGUGACCAGCAGCAGUUUUGUGUCAGAUCUCCUCUAUCCUCUUUUCCGCCUCACACAGUUACAAGUCACGCUGCAACUGGCGCAGACAAAUUUGACUAUAUUCAUCAACAACCAGACUGUCCACUUUGUGUACCCAACGGAUGGCGCAGAGGUGAGAAAAAUCGGCCAAGCAACCGUUGCGAUUCUUCAGCAAAUUGUUAAGUACACAAUAGUCACCAUUCAACUUCAGAAUGAGAAUGCGGAAAUUUUUGGUUCCGUGCCCCUGUUCAACACAACUGAGCUGCAUCGACUUGAACAACAAAUUCACAUCUACCUUGAUGUUAUACAAAUAUGGAUGAAAGAACCCAAUGUCACAGAAUUCUUCACCGGUAUGCUCCAGUGGGGAAACUCUACCCUGAAUGUGUCCACGCCGUUAAAAGACCUUCACUUCCUGUUGCAGACGUUGGUUAACUAUCUCAGUGAAGAUCAACUGGCUUACCUCACAAUCAUCACCAAUAUCACAAAGUCUCUGAACAAAGCUAUUAUGGUCUUGGAGCAACCAGGAGAUAUCCAAUUUGACCACCUAUAUACCGCCAUCAUGGAAGCAGUUCAAACUUUAAUGAAGAUCAUCACCCAAACUACGGACCCCCUGCCGCAUUCUGUGCAGCAAGACAUCAAAGGGAUUGUGCAUGAUACAUUAGCCAUUUCUGUCCAAACGGACUUGAGUUACGCCACAUCACUCAACCUCACCCUCCAAAUCAUGAAAAGAGCUGAGAACAUUGUUAAACAUCUGGUUCCAGAUGAGUUUGCAGUCUACUUGUUGUCCGGCCUCAAAGUAGGCACCACUUAUUUUGAGACAAUUGCCUCGACCAGUGGACCUGACAACUGGAAUCACAUCAUUUUGAAUCAAAUGAAGACGGUUCAGAGCCUCUUACCACCAAACAGCACAGCCCAGUACUAUGUUUCUGUCCUCAUCAACAUCACCCACAUCAUUUUGGAGUCUGGUCAAGGCAACAGCAGCUUUGCAAAUGAAACGAUAGAAAUCAUAACAGAAAUUUUGGGCCAGAUUUGGCAGAUUAUUACACAUGACCCAGGUACUCCAUCUUUGGGGGUGUUUACUGAUUUUGCUGCAGUACUUGAAGAAAUCUUUACCGGAAAAGCAGACGGAGCAACCUGGAAUAAGCUUGAGAAGAUGUUGAAGCUCCUACUGUCUCCCCUCAGUCAAAUGGAGAUAUGGGACGAUGUCACAUCUGUUGUCCCCUAUUAUGAAAAAACUGUAGCGUUUAUGGUGAACACCACAAAUGCAGAGAACAUGCUGAUACGAAACCUUCAGAAGCCUCUGAUGACCCUGAUGACAGAAAUAGCACAGUUUGUGAACUCCAGCCAUUUUAACUUGUCGGAGAUCUCGGAAAGAAUGCAGCCUGCCAUAGAAAACACGCUGCUGGCCGCUGAACAGGCGAAUGGAACACUGGAGUGCAGUGAAGCACUCAAAGCCUGGGAGCCAGUCGGGGCUGCGGCCGGGUUAAACCAAAGUGUCCUGGAAAUGUGGUGUGACAUCAGUUUGCAGCCUGUUCUCGAGGCCUAUGCUGCAUACCACUAUAUUUAUCCCCACUUCAACACCAGUGACGCAAAUGUGACAGAAAUGGCUGCUGGCACGGCGGCUUCCCGGAUUGUCAAGGCAACACGUUCUUUGUAUCAAGUCAAGCGGAAUCAAUCUCAUGCCAUGGAACAGGUCAUAAUGGCUCUCUACAACCAGCUCAUUGAGCUGCUGGGCCAGCCGCCGAGUCCCAGUGGUGAGCUUUUCUUGUUCAAGCAGCUCCAAGACAUGCAGCUGCGAAACAGUUUGUCCUCUAUUCAAAUGCUCUCAGACGAGUUGCAUAAAGUGGCACCCAUGCUUUGGUCGUGCGUGGAUUCGAUGGAUAGAGCGCUAUACCACAGCCUGAACAACUCCCAUCACCUUCAAGACUCCGACACAUCGCAUGCUAUCUUCACCGAGGCAGCGAUCAUCCUCCUCUCCUGUGCAAACAUCACCUCAGAGGAAGUGCUCUCAUUGAUAGAGGGUGACUUAUCUUGGCUCAUCAAAGGACCUCGCUCUGCCAUGAGAAGGAAUGCUCUUCAAACCUUCAUCCAUAUGACGGUAUCUGGGAAUGACUCGAUGGUUUACGAAGUCCUGGAGCAGAUUAUGGCCUCCGACGCUGCAAUGUUACUAAUACAGAAAGUGGUUGAAAUGUCCGAAUGGUUGGCGUCAACAGAAGCGUAUGGGCUAGAGCUGCUCACAGAAGCUCUACCAAAAAUAUCGGAACUCCUCAAGCAUUUAUUGUCGAUGUUGACUCAGAUUGGCGUGGAUUUGCCAGAGAGUACAGAGCUGGUUGAAGAUCUAGCGGAAAACAUCAUCGCAAUGCUGAGGCAGUUGUUAAACAGUGGUCUUUUCACCUUCAUGGACCACCAUCAAGGAGAAGAUAUUGGGGAUAGGGGUACUACCUUCAGACACAAACGUGAGGCACCAAUACUCCCUCAAAGGGGCCUUGUGGAUGACUUCAGUGACUUGCUCUAUAUAGACUACCCAGCAAUGUUCAGAGCCAUCUCGGCUCCUUUAACCCCAGAAGAAAUAAUGGAGACAGCUCAUGUGUUUUUUGCCAAUCCUGAUCUAAACAUUGUGGUAAAAGGAACAACCAACGACAUGCCGUGGGUUCGGAACGGCUCAUGGGAAAACACAAUCGAUGCCGCCCUUGGGAUCCUCUCGUACGCCACUCUACCCAACAGUUCUCUGAUGUCAUAUCUGGAUGUGUUGAGGGAUGCUGUGGCUUUGCUCCCUGAUAGUCUUCCAUUCAUAUCUGUGCUUCAAAAUAUCACCAGAGUGCUUGCCAGUGAAUCUCAAGAGAACCUCGAUCACUUCCAAGAGACCUUCCAGACAGCUGAGCUGCUUUUCCAGACCGACAUCAGAGAUCCGCUUUUCACAGAACUUCUUGAUCUCCUGACAUCCCAGGUGUGCAUAGUAGAGGAUACUGCAUCUCUACGUUACCUCUUGGAAGUCAUCUCAUUAGAGCCCGGUCAGCUCUGUCACAUUGUCCUACCUGGUCUGAAAACUCUGCUGGAAGGUCUGCUGGUCAACACGACAGACUUGAAUGAUGCCCUCUUCCAGACCAUCAUUGGAGACCCGAGCACCUUUGACCAGAGGACAGACUGGUCGGUUGCCCUCAGUGAAAGUUUGGGCUUUAACACCAGCAGCCUGAGUUCUCUCGGUAUUAACAUCACAUCCCCAGGGAAGACAACAGUUGGUGAGUUGCUCCAUAAUCAAAGUGCCUUUGUCCAGGAUGUUCAGCAGCACAUGGAUUUCGAUCCGGCUACUCUCAACAUGUUCAUGGAGACCAUCAUGCCGACCAACAAUUUAAAGAUUCUCUCCUGGCUGGUGAAUCUCCGACACUGCAACUACCCAGGGCAUCUGAGCAUCGUCGAGACAGAUUUAUUCAAGACCUUCUGCUCCAUGUCCGUCCAAGAGUGGUACAACUUCACUGUCCUCCUGACCCGCCACCUAAACCUGCAGAAGUUCAUCUACAGAAUGGUGUUGUCAGAUGAGCUUCAGAGCCUUUUGGGACUGAUGUUUCAAAUGGCCCAGAACAUAAUCCACCUGAUGGAAAAGUUCCUCCCUGCCAUUGAUCAGCUGCAAGACUACAUGCUCUCCAUGGAAAGCCUCAACCUGGUGGCCGACAAUGAGUUUAACCAAGUUGCGAGAGGCGUGAAGCCCAGCCUCUCCGUCAGAGCUACUUUUGUCACAAUCUCUCGGGCAAUGUGCAGUCGAGGUGUCAUGGCUCUUUUUGGACUCGCGACACUUCCCAUCCAUGUGGAUUCCAACCCAUCAUUCCUUGAUAGACAAAAACGGGAGGAGAUGAUUGACAGGUUCAAGAUUCCACAGAAUGCAACUCCAUUCUGCAUGAACAUGUACCUCGACAUGGUUAGCACCAGAGGAGGAGCCAUUGCCUGGGCUUUCCUUAAACCAAUGCUGAUGGGGAAAAUCCUCUUCUCACCCAACACUCCCAGUAUCAGGGCUGUUAUGGAGAAGGCCAAUGGUACCCUGCAAGAGUUUGCAAAUCUAAAGAAGCACUCCGACGAAUGGAUCCAUUCCUCCGGCUACCUAAUGGAAUCCGCCAAAAUACUGAGCCGCACUUUGCCAAUGCUUAAGUCUUCCUUGUCCAAUCCGUUUGUGCAAAAUUUCAUACAAAUGCAAACAGACAUCGACGUCCACAAAAUGAGGAACACUCUCAACGGUUUCUCAAACAUGACACUGAUGCUGGAGAAGAACAAACACAUCAUGGACCAAAUCACGCUCUUAUCCACCUUGCUGGUCAACAUGUCAUCUUGUAUUAAAUUUGAUCGCUACCAAGGCUAUGAUUCUGUUGAGGAGCUUGACGCUAAUGCCCAGGAGCUCGCCAAGGACCGCAAUCUCUAUGGAAGUGUAAUCUUCACUCUCCCCAAAGAUGACGACUCCUUACCGCCCAAUGUCAGCUAUACCAUCCGCAUGCAUAUGGACAACGUGAUGCGGACCGACCGCAUCCGUGAGCCUUACUUUGUGAAGGACACGCACAUCUCUGCGCAGAAAACCAUGCGCUACAACCGGGGCUUCGUGUACCUGCAGGAGAACAUUGACCGAGCCAUUAUUGAAAUCCAAACCGGGCAGAGAGUCACAGACACGGCUGUGCAGCUUCAGCCCUUCCCAUAUCCAUGUUAUCUUCGUGACGAAUACCUGGAGGCCAUCUCCUUUGUCUUUCCAAUCAUGCUGAUGUUAGCCUGGGUUCUGUUUGUGGCUGACUUUGUGAAGAAAUUAGUUCACGAGAAAGAACUGAGGCUGCAUGAGUACAUGAAGAUGAUGGGGGUCAAUCCGCUCAGCCACUUUUUCGCCUGGUUUUUGGAGUGCGCUGCUCAUCUGAUGGUGACCAUCAUCAUCCUCACCCUGGUUCUCAAGUAUGGCGGCAUCCUCUCCCACAGUGACGGCUUCCUCCUCUUCUUGUAUCUCUCGGACUACGGUCUGAGCAUCCUGGCCUUCAGUUUCCUGCUCAGCUCCUUCUUCGAUAAGACCUACGUCGCUGCGCUUAGCGGAAGCCUCCUUUACAUCCUCUGCUUCUUCCCUUAUAUUGUGGUCAUGGCCAUGGAGACCAGUCUCACCCUUUUCCAGAAGAGUGCUUUGAGCAUACUGUCUCCAUCCUGUUUCAGUUACGCCAGUCAGUACAUCUCGCGCUACGAGUCCCAAGGAGAAGGAAUUCAUUGGUACAACUCCUAUUCCUCACCCAUCGCUGGAGACACAGCCUCCUUUGGUUGGCUGUGCUGGUUGAUGCUCUUAGAUUCCAUCUACUACUUCAUCCUGGGGGCCUACAUCCGCAUGGUCUUUCCAGGCGCCUAUGGCAUCCCAGCCCCAUGGUACUUCCCAUUCACCGCCUCCUUUUGGGCUGACCUGUGGUGCUGUAUAAAGAAGCCGCAGAAGGGAAGCAGAGGACUUCUGUUCACCAACAUCAUGACUAAAAACCCGCCUGUGUUUGACGACAAGGGGAAAGGCCAGACCAUGCUUUCCACUCAGGCGGGCGACGAUUUCUCUCAUCUGCCAGUGGGUGUUGCCCUCCACGGUCUGACUAAGAUAUAUGGCGACCGAGUAGCCAUUCAAAACCUGAACGUUUCCUUCCAUGAGGGUCAUGUCACGUCACUGCUAGGGCACAACGGUGCCGGCAAGACCACCACCAUGUCACUGCUAACAGGCCUCUUCGCCCCCUCAUCUGGGACCAUUGAGGUGUACGGUCGAGACAUGCAGACACACCUGGAUGACGUUCGCAAAGAUCUGGGUGUGUGCAUGCAAUAUGACGUUCUCUUCGACCACAUGACCACCGAGGAGCACCUCCUCCUGUACGGCCAGAUCAAGGCCCCACAUUGGUCGCACCGGGAAUUGCAGGAGCAAGUUCGAACCAUCUUAGAGGAGACAGGCAUGUAUGCUCAGAGACACAAGCGUGUGGGUACCCUAUCGGGUGGCAUGAAGCGCAAGUUAUCCAUCUCCAUCGCCUUCAUCGGUGACUCUCGCUUGGUGGUGCUGGAUGAACCCACCACAGGCGUUGAUCCAUGCUCACGGAGGAGUAUCUGGGACAUUGUUAUCCAGCAUAAAAAGCGGCAUACUAUCAUUAUGUCAACUCACCACCUGGAUGAAGCUGAAGUGCUGAGUGACCGCAUCGCGUUUCUGGAGAGAGGAGGGUUAAAAUGCUGUGGUUCGCCUGUCUACCUGAAAGAGAAGCUGGGCCAAGGCUACAAACUCACUCUCAACAAAAAGAUGAAGACACCCGAGUCUGAGCGCUUUGAUGAUGGCGACAUGAAGGCCUUUAUCCAAGCCCACAUCCCCGAAGCAAGACUGAAAGAAGCUCAUGGCAGUGACCAGGUCUACACCCUGCCCCCGUUCACAUCCUCAAACGCCUCCUCAUACCGCUCUCUUCUGAUCGCGCUGGAUGCCAACCUUGAUGAUUUGCAACUGGGAGGCUAUGGAAUCUCUGAUACCACCCUUGAAGAGGUGUUCCUCCAAUUGACUGACGGAAAUGAACAAAAAGGCGUGCCUGAGGACAGACCCUUUUCUAUUUCAGAGACGGUGUCAGACUCUGAAUCUAUUAAUAGCUUCCCUGCAGAUACAAGCGAAAGCAUCCCCGGUUUUAGUGACAAAAUUCACCUGACAAGUUCUUCCAAAGCACAAGGUAUAAGCUUGGCCUGGCAGCAGAUCAAAGCCAUACUGAUCAAGAGGUUCCACCACAGCCGCAGAGACUACAAGGGCCUGAUCUCCCAGAUCCUACUUCCGGUUUUAUUUGUGGUGUUCGCCAUGGGCCUGGGAUCCAUCAAGAACGACCUGCGACACUACCCUAAGCUGGAGCUUAGCCCUGCACUUUACAACAUGGAACCAAGCUACUCCUUUUUCAGCAAGCAUAAUGAAAUGUCUAGCCCGCUGGCGGACAAGAUGAUGUCAUACCCAGGAUUGGACAACAGCUGCCUUGAUGAGUCUGGCAAUCCGGUUUGCAUGAAACAAACCAGCAGCUGGGAGUCCAAAGGGAAAAGUUCAGAACAGUUUAGUGACUGCAAAUGUUCCCUACAAGAACAGAGUUGUCAUGGGGAAAGAUUCGAUCCACCCAGUCGGCAGACCCCCUCUUCUCAGAUUGUUUACAAUCUAAGUGGAAUCAAUGUGGAGAAUUACCUGAUGGUCACAGCCAAUGACUUCAUUAGGAACAGGUACGGUGGAUUUGAAUUUGGAAUGCGACUCCCAUCUGACCUCCAAAUGGAUCUUAUAGCAAAGUCUACAAACGCCACUCUAUCAAAGGUUUGGUUCAACCCGGAGGGCCACCACAGUAUGCCGGCAUAUUUGAACAGCCUCAACAAUUUAAUCCUACGCGCCAAGCUUCCAGAAGACAAAGAGCCACAGAAAUACGCCAUUUCAGUGUCCAGUCAUCCCUACUUUGGCCGAGCAGAUAACGAGGACUCUAUCAUCCAGGGAAUGCUCCAGAUACUCGUGGCCGUUUGCGUGCUCACAGGAUAUUCCAUCACCACGGCAAGCUUUGCCGUCUACGCCGUCACCGAGCACCACAACGGCUCCAAGAGGCUGCAGCACAUUGCUGGCAUCAGCGAGCCCUUUUACUGGGCCGUCACUUUCCUUUACGACAUGAUGAUCUACAUGGUUCCUGUCAUCUUGACAGUCGCCGUGGUUGCAGCCUUCCAGAUCCCAGCGUUCACAGAACGACAAAAUUUGGCUGCUGUCACCCUGCUUCUGGUGCUCUUUGGGUUUGCCACCUUCCCGUGGAUGUACCUCUUGUCUGGUGUCUUCAAGGAUGCGGAGAUGGCCUUCAUCACUUACGUGUGCAUUAACCUUUUCAUCAGCACCAAUACCAUCAUGUCCAGCUCCAUUCUUUACUUCCUCAGUCAGGUUUCAACACAAAACGAAGAGAACAUAAAGGAAACGUUCAGGAUCCUGAGCCGAGCGUUCUUAAUCUUCCCUCAAUUCAACUUUGGGAAUGGACUGAUGCAGUUGGCCAGAAUGAACAUCGAAGUCCAGCUCAUGAGCGGCUACGGCAUUGACGCCUAUAAGAACCCGUUCUCUAUGGAUGCACUGGGCUGGAUGAUCGUGUCCUCCAUCAUUCAAGGCGUGGUCUUCUUCACGUUGCGCCUCUUGCUUAACAGGUUCCUCAUACGCAAAGUCAGGCGUCUAUUUUUGGGCAGAAAAAAUGUAUCCCAGGUGAUUGAGGACGAGGACGAGGAUGUAGCAGCUGAGCACAUGCGAGUGGUUAGCGGAGCAGCAAGUUCGGACAUCCUGCAGGUCAACCAGCUCACUAAGAUCUAUCAACAUCUCAACAAGAAGAUCUGUGCAGUCAAAAGGCUCUCUGUGGGAAUUCCUGCCGGAGAGUGCUUCGGUCUGCUGGGAGUGAACGGGGCGGGAAAAACAACCACUUUCAAGAUGCUUACCGGAGAUGUUAGCCCCACUGAUGGCACCGCGCAGAUCAGGGACUGGGACGGGCGGCUGGUAGACAUUAUGGAGUGCCGGCAACAGGGAAUUAACAUUGGCUACUGUCCCCAGGUGGAUGCACUGGAUAACCUGCUCACUGGAGAAGAGCACUUGUAUUUUUACGCUCGUAUUCAAGGAAUCUCUAAAAGUGAGAUAGACGGGGUGGUGCGGUAUCUUCUGAAAAAGCUGGAGUUGAACUACCAUCAAAACGUGACAACCGAUGGCUACAGUUGUGGCACCCGGAGGAAGCUCUCUACAGCCAUCGCUCUCAUCGGUCAUCCUCAGAUCUUGCUACUGGAUGAGCCCAGUUCCGGCAUGGACCCCCGUACCAAACGGCACCUGUGGAAAAUCAUCUCUGAAGAGGUGAAAGGAAAAUCCGCCGUUGUCCUCACUUCACACAGCAUGGAGGAAUGCGAGGCGCUGUGUAGCCGUCUUGCCAUCAUGGUGAAAGGUCAGUUCCGCUGCCUGGGAUCCUUGCAGCACAUUAAGAACAGGUUCGGCAGCGGGUUCACUGUGAAGAUGUACUUAGCCGAGGCUGGCGGUGAUGUAGAGGCAAUCACUGGCUUCAUGCAGAGACAAUUCCCCAGUACUUAUUUGAAGGACCAGCACUCAUCCAUGGUGGAGUACCAUGUUCCCGUCGCACCGGGAGGUGUGGCCGCUAUCUUCGACAAGCUGGAAUGCAAGAAGAGCUCGCUGCAGAUCAAACAUUUCUCUGUGAGCCAGACCACUUUGGAUGAGGUCUUCAUCAACUUCGCCAUGGGAAGCAGCCGCAUGGAAUCCACAGCAGCUCACGUUGACUUGGACUCCAUAAAAGACGUAGAGGCUUAGAUCUGACUACUAUUAUGUCUGCAGUGAAAUGAGAACACUAUCUCUUUAUUCUGCAUCUGUCCUAAAUAGAUACUAUAGAAGGAGAUUAGACUGCAAAUCUUUUUUUACGUUUGACAAUCAUAAUUAAUCCUCAACGCCAAUCCUAGGCCCUCCAAAAUCCUGUUGUAUUGAGCACAUUUCCAUACAGAUUAAUAUUUAUUCAUGUUUACUGACUUCAGAUUAAUUUACUACACUUGAAAGUUUCUCGUCAUCUUGAUUUUUGUAUAUGAAGAAUUCAGUUAACAUGGGCUGAAUUCUGUUAUUCAGUUUAUAAUCAAAAGAUACAACAUUGUUGCUACCCGCACCUUCUACUACAGUAAUUAACAUAGUAACCUAUCUAUGUCUUACUUUGAGAUCAUUUUGCUGCUUAUGGACCAUUUUGUGAUGGCCUUGAAUGUAUGCUGCCAUGCUUUUUAUAACGUAAAUAAAAACAUUUUUUCAACUGCAA